AUGGUUAUUGAUACGUCAUACAACGCUAUUAUUGAUUUUUUGAAGACGACCGAAGACAUAAACAGACGUAUUCCUAUCGCCAAUAGUCGAGAUGAAAGUUCAAAAUAUGAAGAAUUACCAAUAUCAAAGAUUUGUAUUUUGAAUAAAAACGUUGAUUCAUUAAAAUUACUGAUCGAAAAUGGAUGUGAAACGAAGGGAUUGUUUCAAUUUGCAAUUCAAAAUGAUAAUAAAUCUUCAUUUGAUGCAUUAAUCGAUUCUAAAAUAGAUAUAAACGAAAAAGACGAUAAUGGAGAUACGCCAUUGCAUGCAGCUACCAAGGCAAACAAGUUUUACUAUGUAAGAUCAUUGCUUGAUCAUGGAGCUGAUCCAAGCAUAAUAGAUUCGGAUUAUUCACCUAAUCUACCAUUAUCUAUAGCUGUUUCAAAAGGUAAUUACGGCAUUGUAAGUCUUCUUCUUGAAGCCCAUUCCCCAACAAUUUCAUUUGAUCACGCUUCUGUGCCUUUAAUAAUAGCUUCAAGAUAUGGAUUUACUCGUAUUGCAUACGCACUCAUCCAGUAUGGUGCUGACCCUAAUUAUCAAGGAAAUGAAACAGAAAAUGCGUUAGAUAUUGCAAUUGCUAAAAAUCACAUAGAUAUUGUCAGAUUAUUAGUUGCAACAGGUGCAGAUAUACAUAAAUACACGCUUGACUCUCUUACUGAGCCAGUUAGAGCAAUUUUCCAGCAAUGGAUAGAUCCAAGUCUUCCAAUCAUCCCAGAACCAAAUCCAUUUAGCGAAUUAGACAAAAUGCAAAAGAUGUUGAUCGGUGAAUUGCAAGUACAACAAACAGCAAUUAGUAAAUUCAUUUCUGAAGCCCAAGAUAUCGAUUUCCAUAUGAAUUUCGUAUCUCCUACAAUCAAUACUCAAAACCAAAUGUUCGUCGCUUUUACGAAAUUCCUAAAGAAAGUUGAUUUCUUCGGAAAAAUUUUAUAUCAGAGAAGAGUUCAACUUCUUUCACAACAAUUCGAUACAUUAUGCUUAGGAGAGCGUAUGAGCAUGGAGCAAACGUUUGAUCAAGAUGAAGCCCAGUUUAUUAAGAUAUUUGAAAAAAUAAAAUCAAUAAUUUCCGAUAACAUUGAUUUAUUCAAGCCAGAUGCAUUCCAACAGAUAGAAUCAAUGACAGCGCAACUUCCUAGGCGUAGAAAUGAAUGUCUUCCCGCUCAAAAAAGAGCUGAUCUUGAAAAUAAGAAGUUGAAUCGUUCCCAUUUGCAAUAUCUUAACCAGAUUCUCUCUAUCUUCAACAUGAACGUUACAGAGGUAUACAGAGGAUUCUCUAAUUUCGGAGCUUCCUUCGUUCAAGUGAUUGAUCAAGCCCUUUCAUCCCUCAACGACUUCCGCGAUGCUCUUCUUGAGGUCAGACAGACUUCAAUUGAUAUCGUGGUCGAUCCAAACUGGGAAAAAGAGUCAAAAGUCGACCAAACUUGCAUCGAACAGUGCAAUAAGAUACAGUUGGACUAUGCUUUCCUUGAAUGGGAGUGCCAGAAAUUCCAGUCCCUUCAGGAAAAGAUAGAAAAAGUCUUGAGAUUGUCGAUGCACUAA